AUGUUUUCGACAACUUCAAGCCAUGUGGAUGAAAUCCAACAUAUAUCACCCGAGUCUACUGGAAAAAGUUUAUCGACUGAGCCUUCCAUUCAUGAUACUGUUGAACCCAAUGAUGUCGAUCAGUCUGGGGAUAAUGUUGAACUCAAAGAUGCCGAUCAAUCCGGGAGUACAAAUAUUGAAGGGGCUGAUAUCAUUGAGGAGCCAAAAUUGGGAAUGGUGUUUAAAUCUGAAGAUGAGUUACUUUCUUACUAUAAACGAUAUGGGCAACAAUCCGGUUUUGGGAUUAUGACACAAAAGAGUCAUAGGUUUGAGGAUGGGAGCAUUAGAUAUGUCACAUUGGGUUGUGCUCGUGGUGGGAAGGCACGAAACCGUACGACAAAUGCCGCGAGGCCGCGUCCGACAUCAAAGACAGAAUGUAAGGCACGGAUAAAUGUGAUGUUUAAAAAAGGGGUGUUGAAGGUGUCAAGUGUUAACAAUUCCCAUAAUCACGGCCUAAGUCCACAAAAGUCAAGGUUCUUUCGCUGUAAUAGAGAAGUGAGCGAGUCUGUUAAGAGAGUGCUAGAUAUAAAUGAUCAGGCUGGGAUCAGAAUGAACAAGAGUUUUGCCUCUCUUGUACAAGAAGCGGGUGGGUUUGAGAAGUUGCCAUUCACUGAAAAAGACUGUCGUAACUAUAUUGACAAGGCACGCCACCUUCGACUUGGAAAAGGUGGCGCUGGAGCCCUCAGUGAGUACUUUACUCGGAUGCAAUAUAAGAAUGACGGGUUCUUUUCACUAAUGGAUAUGGAUGAUGAAGGGCGGCUGAGGAAUGUAUUCUGGAUGCACGAAGUAGGGCGGCGUACAAAUAUUUUGGACAUAUUUGACAAACAGAUAUGGGAUGCCACUUGGUUGACUUGUAUGAAUGGUGAAGCUCCCAAGGCUAUUAUCACAGAUCAAGAUAGAGCCAUGAAAAAUGCCAUUAGUCUCGUCUUUCCAAACAGCCGACACAGAUCUUGCUUAUGGCACAUCUUGAAAAAAUUGCCAGAGAAGCUAGGUUCACAUGGUGCAUACAAAAUUGGUUUGAAAAGUCAGUUGCUAAAUUGUGUGUAUGACUCUGACACAAUAGAAGAGUUUGAGGGCUCUUGGGAAGUGUUGAUUACGAAGUACAACUUGCAGGAGAAUGCUUGGUUGAAGAGUUUAUAUGCUGAGCGUACGUAUUGGGCACCGGUGUUCAUGAAACAAUUCGAUAAUGCAUUGAGGAAGAAGAUUGAGAGUGAAAGUGAGGCGGACUUUCAAGCAUUCAACGUCACAAUUCUCGUCGUCUCUCCCUCUCCACUUGAGAAGAUUUUUCAGGGGAUAUACACUUGCAAUAAAUUUAGAGAAGUUCAGAAAGAAGUAAUAGGGAUGCUUGCAACUUUUUCUACUCUACACCGGAAGGAUGGUGUAAUUGCAACGUACCAUGUAGAAGAUGAAGUGGAUGUUGAGGAUUUCAUCAAGGAGGUGACCCACACAGUGUACUUUAAUGAGGCCGAAUGUGAAGUGAAGUGUUCAUGUGCCUUGUUUGAGAUGAGAGGGAUACUGUGUAAACAUGUGUUAGGCAUUAUGAGAGUUAACAAAGUCCGUUCGGUUCCUAAAAAGUACAUACUAGAUCGAUGGCAGAAAGACAUCAAAAGGACAUAUACUCUUAUACAAAGUAGUUAUGACUUAGUUGAUCAGAGGCCUGAAGUUAGCAGAUAUUCACGUAUCAUCAAGAAAUGCUAUGAAGUAGCCACAAAUGCAUCUUCAUGUGAUGAGCACACUGAGGAUAUGCUAGAUAAGCUAGAUGCGAUGAACUUAGGCUACCGCACCAAGACGCCGCCCUCGAAGGUUGUAACUACUGAUGCCGACACAACGACAGCUGUGAGUUCUAAGAAAGUAUUGAGUCCUAAUGUAGUCAAAGGAAAAGGUAGACCGCCAUCUCUUAGAAAAAAAUCAAUGAUUGAGAAAGUGAAACACACGACGAAGAAGGCUAGUAAAAAAGGAAAGCGUAAACAGCCGCAUGGAAUACAAGGCGUGGAUGUUAGAACGUGCAGGAAUUUAUUUGGACAAGCAGAUGUUGGAACAACACAAAAUGUUCCAGUUCAGCCGUCACAAUACACUACAGAAGUGUUGGACUUUAGUGCAACCGAAUUAGGCUUUACAGUGAAUGAGACUCGAGAAAGUGUAAAUGGUUUUCUUUAUGUUUGUCAUAUUGUGUAA